CCACCGCGAUGGAUCAGCCAGAGGAUGGUAUUGCGUUGGAUGCAGAGAAAAAUGAGCUGGUUAAGGCAACAACUUACACUGCCGCUGAGGACAAUAUUGUGGGUGAGCUUGUGAAUGAGGCUGUUAAGGCAAAAAAUGUUGCUGAUGAUGUUAUUGUGGAGAAUGCAGUGAAAGAGCAGGUUAAGGCAACAACUGUCACUGACGCAGUUGAUGAUGUUGUGGCGGAGAAAUGGAAAGAGCCAGUUUUGGUUGGUCUUGUUGGUUCUGCGGAAGAUUAUACAUCAAGAGCUAACAAACUGCCUUCCCUCAGUUGUGCUACUGUCUACAAAAAUGAAAAAGGGGAAGAACGAGCUAUUUGCUAUGUUUGUAAAGCAUUUGGUGAUCGAACGACCUUGACCUUAUCAUUCUUGAACUCAUAUCCAGAUUCAGUUUGCACCCAACCACUAGCCUCGGCCACACCGCAACAUUUUACAUGAAAUUUUGAC